AUGGAUUCUUCUCAGCAACCAAGCAUAACGUUGGCGACAACAGAUGAUGUCCACGAAAUCCAUGCCAUGAUCUGCGAACUCGCCUCUUACGAAAAAGCCCUCGAUGCCGUCGAAGCCACAGAAGACACCCUCAGACAAACCCUCACCUUCGCCGACUCACCUGCCACACAUACCAACCCCGGCUAUGCCAAGACACUCAUCCUCCGCCUUCCCUCCACCCCCACAUCCGGCACGAACGAUAAGCCCUCCGCAGUAGCAGGUAUGGCAAUGUACUUCACCAACUACUCCACGUGGACCGGCCGUCCGGGCGUCCACCUCGAAGAUCUAUACGUUCGUCCCGAGUACAGAGGGAGAGGGUACGGCAAGUUAUUGAUCCAGGCGCUGGCGAAAGAGACGUUGAAGAUUGGGGGGAAGAGGCUGGAGUGGAAUUGUCUGGAGUGGAAUGAGAGUAGUUUGAAGUUUUAUGAUGGUCUAGGUGCUAAGCAGAUGAAGGGGUGGGUUGGACUACGGCUGGAUGGGCAGGAGCUGGAGAAGAUGGCUAUGGGGAAGGCUAAUGGGCAGACCAAUGGACAGACGAAUGGGCAUUCCUAG